AGAACAGGUCUAGUUGGAUUUUGAACUUAUCGAUUUAUGUUCCUAUUGUUAAUAGGCUUACAAGGUAUAGCCUACUAUUAAUCUUUUUUACAGUAUCAUUACACUUGCGAAGGAACAUAUUGUACCACAUUACAUCAGCAAUAACACAAUCAGGAGAUGUUCAGUCUCAGAUUAGUUCUGACACCUUAGGCCUACUGCUGUGCCAUCGUGUGUCGGCAAUUUAUCCCUAUUAUCGUUUCGGUUUCGUUUCUUCAGAAAACUAAUUUCGGGGGAAGAGCAAGAGCACGGAUCUAAAACUCAGCGAGAAUCAGUGCUACCAGUUUUGGGGCAGUAUCCAAACACAAAUGUCUUCUGUAGUUUCUCAGUAUGUUACAAAGAUUAUUUGCGAGAAUCAUGGCUGUUUGGAUUUUAAACAACUCAAACAGAUUGUUGAUCAACAAUUCACAGUGGCUGAUGAUGUGCUUUCGCGAAUACUUAACGACAGUGGAAAAAUCGUUAUCAUCGAAGGCAAACAAAAGGCCGCUGGAUGUAUUAUGAGCCCUGAUAGUCUAGUUGUGGCUAAGACAUCUCUACACAUCUGCCAGAAGUCGUCUGGAGACUGUACCCAGUGCCACAGCUUACACUUGUGUAGGUAUUAUGUAUGCGGUAACUGUAGUUUCGGGAUCAAAUGCAAGAAUGGACACAAACUGGAUUCCCCUUCGAACCUAUCACUUCUGAGUAGCCAUGGAUUGCAGAGCUUGGUGGAAAGGGAGUUGUUCUCUCUCCUGUUGCAGAGCGACCCUUACCUGUUACCAGAGAUCUGUCCUCACUACAACAAGGGUGUGGGUGAACAUGGAUCCUGCAAGUUCAAGACCUCAUGUAUCAAGCUGCACCUGUGCCUCCACCUCCUCCAAGGAGACUGUAGGUUUGGGCUUUCUUGUAAGAGAGCGCACUCCUUCGAUGGCGCCGCCAUGAAGAUCUUGAAAGGGCGUGGUCUCAGCUCUGAGAACCAGAUCAUGUUGAAACAGAUCUACAAGAACAGACUGCUGAUCCAGGCUGGCCCACCUCAGCCACUAGUGACGGAUGGCCCCAGCUCCUGCAUCUCCCCUCAACACCCAGCUCCUCCAGGGGGGAGGAAGCAGUCCUCUAACUCCACCAAUGAGGGGGACAUGAAUGAGAUCUGCCUCUUCUUUAUUCGCAGACACUGCAGCUUUAAAGAUCAGUGUGUCCGGGUCCACUACCACCUGCCCUAUAAAUGGCAGAUCCAGGACAGAGAUGAAGUGACCUGGAGAGACCUUCCUAACACGGAGGACAUAGAGAGGGCUUACUGUGAUCCUAGGACAGACGACAGCGGAGGGAUCCUGGCUGUGAACUUCCUCACCAUGGAGAUGGGAGGUUCCCGAGUCCGCCGUCUCUCCACCUCCUCCUCCGUCACCAAACCUCCACACUUCAUCCUCACCACCCAGUGGAUCUGGCACUGGAAGGAUGAGUUGGGACAGUGGCUGGAGUUUGGACAGGGCGACAGUGAUGGAAAGGCUUCCAUCACCUCAGCGACCCUGGAAAACAUCUUCCAGGCUGACAUUGACACUGAGAUCUCAUUUUCUGUUGGCAAACACAAGUACAUCCUCUAUUUGAAAGAGAUGUAUCAGCAGAACCUCACAUAUAAAACCAAGCGAGAGGUGAGGAGAAGACCUCACUUCCUGUCUGGACAGGAUGUGGAGGCCAAGCUGAAAUGCAGUGGGUCCAUCCAGCCUGGGUCUUCUGAGAGCUCCUCCUCCUCCUUGGUGGACGUUCCUCCAAACUGGGACAAAACAGCCCUGGCUGACUUUACAUACAAGCUGGUUCGACUCUCAGGUACUCAGAGUGAGUACAGGAUGGUGGAGAAGAUGUUCAGAAGCACCAUGACCACAAGCACCAUCCACAGCAUUAAGAGGAUUCAGAACCCUGCUCUGUGGAGAGUCUUCCAAUGGCAAAAGGAGCAGAUGAAGCAAAGGAAUGGUGGGAAAACUGUCGAUGAGAAAUACCUGUUCCACGGUACCGACUCAUCUCUCAUCGAUGCCAUCUGUGAGCAGAACUUCGACUGGAGGGUCUGUGGCACCAAUGGAACUCUUUAUGGCAAAGGGAGUUACUUUGCCAGAGACGCCUCCUACUCGUCCAGAUAUGCCCAGGGGAGCGUCAGCAGGAGAAUCAUGUUUGUGGCUCUGGUCCUGGUGGGGGAGUUCACCAGGGGCAGUGGCAGCUUCGUCAAGCCCCCGGCCAAGAGGACCGGCAAGGGCUUCUACGACAGCUGUGUGGACCGGGAGAGCGACCCGAGCAUCUUUGUGGUGUUUGAGAAACACCAGAUUUACCCAGAAUACAUCAUUAAGUACUCCUAAAGUCAACGAGUCUAUAAAAGGCUUUGGUUAAAAAAUAAAUACAAAUGCAGCGUA